AUGGAUCCAGAGGGAUCGUUAAUUCUUUAAGAAAAGCCUAGAGUGAAUAAUCAGACUUGGAACAAAGCGAAACUUUUAAGUUUACCUCAUAAUACGUUUGGCUAUUAGUUUGCGAAGUGGAUGAAGGAAAAAGAUUUCUAAUCUGACGAGAGACCGGUUGCGAAAUAUGUUCCUGAUUUGGAAUUAGCCUAUAUUAUUCAGAGAUAUAGAGAGGUAUUUUAUAACACUUCACAAUAAGCAUAUAGGUUCAUGACACUCUCCAUGUUCUUCUAAAUUAUGAGGUUACAGUCUCUGAAGAAUUGGCAGUUAAGCUGUAUGAGAUGA